CUUCCGGUUCGUCACUGCCACACAGAACCGUUUACACCAAAAGACAAACAAAAAAGAUGAAUACAUCUGCACCUGGAUAACUCAACUCACCUUAGCGAAUGAUUUAACCUGCUUAUUGUAACCUGCCUGCUACACUCUACCAUCUCCUGUUCAGACCAAUAUGAGCAGCCCGAGUGUGUUUACAUCCAGUGGAGUGAGUUUACAAAGUGCGCAGAGGCUCUUCUCUCGGUAGCUCACCGUGUUAGCUCCGCAGAGCUGCAGUCUGUGGCCCAUCUGGCUCCAUCAUUCACUGGACAGGUACUCUCCAAUUAGAUAAGACUCAGCACCAUGAAUCUGCUACGUCUAGUGUGCCGCCACAAGACGGCCCUCGUCAUUGGCACUGUGUGCAGCUUUGCGGUAGUCCUGGUCUUCUUGGCUAAAUGUACCUCGGAAACCCUGAAGCAGGGCCACCAGGAUCCUCCAGGCCUAGCCCCUAAUACCAACGCUUUGCAGUCCCGUCCAGAGAAGCAUAAUCCCCCGUCCACAUCCAAAGACUUGUCAGCGUUCCUCGUGGUCCUCAUCACAACCGGACCCAAGUACACAGAGCGGAGGAGUAUCAUCCGCAGCACCUGGCUGGCCAAGCGGGACUCUGAUGUUCUGGCUAUGUUUGUGGUGGGAACUCAGGGGCUUUCCAGCGAGGACCUUCAGAACCUCAACACAGAGCAAGGGCGGCACAAGGACUUGCUCUUACUGCCUGACUUGCGAGAUUCUUACGAAAACUUAACACUCAAGCUGCUACACAUGUACUCCUGGCUGGACCAGAAUGCGGAGUUCAAGUUUGUCCUCAAAGCAGAUGAUGACACAUUUGCUCGCUUGGACCUCCUUAAGGAGGAGCUGAAGGGGAAAGAACCCAAUCAGUUGUACUGGGGCUUCUUCUCAGGGAGAGGGCGAGUGAAAACUGCUGGGAAGUGGCGGGAAAGCUCUUGGGAGCUUUGUGACUACUACCUGCCCUACGCCCUGGGUGGGGGCUACAUCCUAUCGGCCGACCUGGUACGUUAUGUGCAUCUUAAUGCCGGCUACUUCAAGACGUGGCAGAGCGAGGAUGUGUCACUUGGCGCCUGGCUGGCACCGGUUGAUGUUCGGCGGACGCAUGACCCACGCUUUGACACGGAGUACAAAUCGCGUGGUUGCAACAACAAGUACUUGGUGACACAUAAGCAGAGCUUGGAGGACAUGUUGGAAAAACACCAGACUCUGCAGCGCGACGGCCGGCUCUGCAAGGAGGAAGUGAAGCUGCGACUGUCCUACGUGUAUGACUGGGGUGUGCCGCCCUCACAGUGCUGCCAAAGGAAGGAUGGCAUUCCUUAAUUUUUGUCUUUAUUACAAGGCCAUGAAGUUGGCUUCUGAUUCGCAUCUUCCAAGUCAGGAAAAAGUAAAGCGAUAAUGUUUUUUCUCCAGUGUUACACCAUUUAACGUUACGUGACAGGUCCCAGACAACAUAGUAAAUGCCUUAAUGUUGAUAGAAAGCCUAUUUUAGAACAAAACUUGUCACAUACGGCCGCUUAUUCACUUAAGAUUUUGCCAACAAAACCACUUUAGUUAGGUUUAGGAAAAAAAACUACAUGGUUGGGCUUAAAAUUACCACGUUUGUAAAGUGAAAAUGAAACUGAACUUUGUGAACACGGGACAUGAACGAACAGCCUUGUGUUUGUUUACUGAUUGGCUACGGGUCCUCUCUUGCCACGGUUAAACACUAAAAGUUAAACAUUUCCCAACUUUUAGUUUGGCUGCACUUUGCCGCAGAAUCAAACGGCCUGCAGCUUUUCAUAGACAUUGCAUGGCAGCUCGCCACAGGCCGUACUUCACCGCUACUCUGGUUCUGGUGUGAAGGGGUGCCUCGUGCAUCGGUAUCACACGCUGACGGCUAUGACGAAGCGUCAGUAUUUGAUGCCCUUGGAAUGAGAGCGGGCUGGUAGACCACAUAAGAGGAGGUCUAGCUCAAUGUUUUACUGUUUUAAACAGACUUCAGAGUUUUCAUAUUCAUUAAGAAUAAGUUUGACAAAUUUCGGUAAAGUGUUUUUUGAGCUAGACCUGAUCUAAUAUGGUCUGGAUGGAGGAAAAGCAAUGACAUUUCUUUCAGUCUCUGAAGUCGCCAUGUUAAUCUAUACCAGGUUUAAUGAGUCUUUUUUGUCUUCACAAAUCUGAAAAGGGGCUUUAAACAGUCUCCAUAUUAAUCUAGUGCAGGUCUGACAAGUCAAAGUGCAAUGUUGUUGUUUUGUUUAUCUCAACCUGGUUUAUUGUGGUCUGGAUCGCAGAUGUAAUCAGGUUUUAAACAACAUUAAAGCCUUUACUAUGAUGUGUGCUACCACGUUCUCAACUUUAAGUAGUGUAAUAAUGGCUGAAAAAUAUUACCCCUUAACUCGCUCAGAAUAGGCAGCCAACUUCAGCCUCGCGUCCUUUUCAACCAGUAAACUCCCUCAGCCUUGUUAUUUGGACCCACGCUCAUGUCAGUGCUCUCCUCACCGCCAAGUUAACCACAUUGGUGGCCUAUUUCUCUCCUCUGUCUGUGCUGCUUCUGCUGUACCUCUUGCUAAAUAUUUUUCCAACACUAUGACAUAUGUUUUACGGUUAUUUCAGUGUAAGUAGAUAGUGCAGACGGGAGAAUCUUACCCUGCCAUGAUGUCUACAUUUUUUUGUGAAAGCAAUUUUUAUUUGUAUUUUAUUUAUUGUUAAUUUAUUCUGCAGCAAACACAACGCACUGGGAGUCGCUGCUUGUGUUUGGAAUUUUGUAUUUAUAAAUGUGUUGGGGGGGUAAUCAUGUAUAAUUCACAGAAUUAAUGGGCAAGAAAUGUUCACUUUUUAAAUGUAAAAAAACUUUUUGUUUACGGUCAAUGGUACGACAAGGUUUCAUGUGUUCGGAGGUGCAAAGAAUGUGUCAGAGAAAAUGGUUGAAUGUGUUUUAUUCAGCAGGCCUUCUUAUUCCUCAUACUGGAGCCUUUGUGAGGACAUUUACAUUUCCAAGGCAGCAGUAACACUUUAAAGUUUAGGUCAGUACAUUUACUGUGCGGAGUUAUCAAGUUAUUUGUGAAUGUUUGUUUGCAGAUUCAGAUUGAGAAACUUGACAUAGACUACCAGCUGGCACUUGGUCACUUUUUAAAACAAGAAACAUAGUUUUAAAGUCUGUAAAUCAUUAGUCAAUGAUUACCUGUUUUUUUUUUGUUUUUUUUUAAAUGAUGUUAAGCUCUCCAACCUGAACUCACCCUGUGAUGUCAGUAGCUGUGUCCCAAAACUUGUGAAAUGUGUACAGCGUUGGUUAAAGGGUACGACAUGUUGGAGCACCAACAGUUGAGGAAUGCUGCAAAAAGGAGCUACGUCCGAGCUCGUUUUUAUGACGCCUGUUAACGUUUUUGUGAACAAUGACAUGGUGACUAUUUUCUCACUGAUUGCGAUUCAAUACUACCCAAAUUUCAGUGUUUGUUUCUACGUACAUGGUCAGCCUCCCUGGAUGUUUUAUUAAAAAUUUUAAAUGUA